AUGCUUUUCCAAAGAAAGUCCAUUAUUAUAGACGCGCGUGGACAUCUUCUUGGGCGUCUGGCAUCAAUAGUUGCUAAGACACUUCUUAUGGGCCAGAAGGUCGUUGUUGUGAGAUGUGAGGAAAUCAACAUUUCUGGAUCUCUUUACCGGAAUAAGCUCAAAUAUCUUGCAUUUCUUCGCAAAAGAAUGAAUACAAACCCCUCACAUGGACCUUAUCACUACCGUGCCCCAGCUAAAAUAUUCUGGCGUACUGUUAGGGGAAUGCUACCCCACAAGUUGUACCGUGGAAAGGAGGCUCAUCGCAAACUGAAAUGCUUCGAAGGAAUUCCUCCUCCCUAUGAUAAAAAGAAGCGUGUUGUGGUCCCUUCUGCCCUUCGCGUUCUUCGUUUAAAGCAGCGCCGAAAGUUCUGUACACUUUCCCGUCUUUCGACUGAGGUGGGAUGGAAAUACGAAAAUGUCAUCAGCAAAAUGGAAGCCCGCAGGAAAGCAAAGGCCGCUGUGUGGUUUAAAAAGAAGAAGGUUGCCGCCGUUCCUGACCAAGUUGCUCGUGGCAAGGCCCGAGAAGCGAUUGCUCCUUAUAAGGCAAUUCUGAAAAAAUACGGCUACUAA